CCGAGCCCGUCCGCCCGGCCCGAGCCCGCGGGCGCCGCCGCCGCCAUGAAGAAGCAGUUCAACCGCAUGAAGCAGCUGGCCAACCAGACCGUGGGCAGAGCUGAGAAAACAGAAGUACUCAGUGAAGAUCUUUUGCAGAUUGAGCGGCGCCUGGAUACAGUGCGGUCAAUGUGCCACCAGUCCCACAAACGCCUGAUCGCCUGCUUCCAGGGCCAGCAUGGCACGGAUGCCGAGCGCAGACACAAAAAACUCCCCCUGACAGCUCUGGCUCAGAAUGUGCAAGAAGCAUCGACCCAGCUGGAAGACUCUCUUCUGGGGAAGAUGCUGGAGACAUGUGGGGACGCUGAGAAUCAGCUGGCCCUGGAGCUCUCGCAGCACGAAGUCUUUAUUGAGAAGGAGAUCGUGGACCCACUGUGCACCAUCGCUGAGGUGGAAAUUCCCAACAUCCAAAAACAGAGGAAACAGCUUGCUAAAUUGGUGCUAGACUGGGAUUCGGUCAGAACCAGGUGGAACCAGGCCCACAAAUCUUCAGGAACCAACUUUCAGGGGCUCCCAUCAAAAAUAGAUACACUAAAGGAAGAGAUGGAUGAAGCUGGAAAUAAAGUAGAACAGUGCAAGGAUCAGCUUGCAGCAGACAUGUACAACUUCAUGGCCAAAGAAGGGGAGUAUGGCAAAUUCUUUGUGACGUUAUUAGAAGCCCAAGCAGAUUACCAUAGAAAAGCAUUAGCAGUCUUAGAAAAGGCCCUUCCCGAAAUGCGAGCCCAUCAAGAUAAGUGGGCAGAAAAGCCAGCCUUCGGGACUCCUUUGGAAGAACACCUGAAGCGCAGCGGGCGUGAGAUUGCGCUCCCCAUCGAAGCCUGCGUCAUGCUGCUCCUGGAGACCGGCAUGAAGGAGGAGGGUCUUUUCCGAAUUGGGGCUGGGGCCUCCAAGUUAAAGAAACUGAAAGCUGCUUUAGAUUGUUCUACGUCCCACCUGGAUGAAUUCUAUUCAGACCCCCACGCUGUAGCAGGUGCUUUAAAGUCCUAUUUGCGGGAACUGCCUGAACCUUUGAUGACUUUUAAUCUGUAUGAAGAAUGGACACAGGUUGCAAGUGUGCAGGAUCAAGACAAAAAGCUUCAAGAUUUAUGGAGAACAUGUCAGAAGCUGCCACCACAAAACUUUGUUAACUUUAGGUAUUUAAUCAAGUUCCUCGCAAAGCUUGCUCAGACGAGCGACGUUAAUAAAAUGACUCCCAGCAACAUUGCAAUCGUGUUGGGCCCUAAUUUGUUAUGGGCCAAAAAUGAAGGGACGCUGGCCGAGAUGGCAGCAGCCACAUCUGUCCACGUGGUGGCUGUAAUCGAGCCCAUCAUUCAGCACGCGGACUGGUUCUUCCCUGAAGAGGUGGAAUUUAAUGUAUCAGAAGCAUUCGUACCUCUUGCCACCCCAAAUUCCAAUCACUCACCCCACACUGGAAAUGACUCUGACUCGGGGACCCUGGAGAGGAAGCGGCCGGCCAGCAUGGCAGUGAUGGAAGGGGACUUGGUGAAGAAAGAGAGCUUUGGUGUGAAGCUUAUGGACUUCCAAGCCCACCGGCGGGGUGGUACUCUAAAUAGAAAGCACCUGUCCCCCGCUUUCCAGCCGCCACUCCCGCCCACAGAUGGCAGCACCUUGGCGCCAGCGGGCCCAGAGCCCCCUCCCCAGAGCGCUAGGGCUGAAAGCAGCGCAGGGGGUGGGACUGUCCCCAACUCUGCGGGCAUGCUGGAGCAGGGGCCAAGCCCGGGCGAUGGCAGUCCUCCGAAGCCCAAGGAUGCUGCGCCUGCACCUGCACCUGCGCCGGGGAGGAACAGCAGUCAGAUGGCCACCGGCCCGAGCCAGGCCCAGCCCACCACUGGCUCUCAUCAGCUCUCUGUUGGUCCGGCACACAAUUCCGCCGGCCCCAGCCCUCACACUCUGCGCCGGGCUGUUAAAAAACCUGCUCCGGCACCCCCAAAACCAGGAAACCCACCUCCGGGCCAUCCCGGGGGGCAGAGCUCUCCAGCAGCAUCUCAGCAUCCCCCCAGCCUGUCUCCGAAACCAGCCACCCGAAGUCCUUCUCCGCCCACCCAGCACCCCGGCCAGCCCGGCCAGCCCGGCGCGCCCUCGCAGCCCGCGGCCCCGCGGAGGCCCUCCAGCAGCCUGGCCCCGCUGCAGGCGCCCAGCCACCCGCCGCCGCAGCCCCCGACGCAGGCGCCCGGCAAGCCCGGGGCGCAGGGCGAGCCCGGCCCGGAGCCGCCGGCCCCCACGCCGCCCCAGACCCCCACGCCGCCCAGCACCCCGCCCUUGGGGAAGCAGCCCCCGGCGGGGAGCGGCGCCGAGACCGCGCAGCCGCACGCCGGCACCUUGCCGAGACCGAGACCAGUGCCCAAGCCGCGGAACCGGCCCAGCGUGCCCCCGCCCCCGCACCCGCCCGGCGCGCCCCCGCCCGCGGACGGCCCCCUCGCCGGCGCCGCGCCCACCGCGUCCCGCGUGGUCACCGACGCCAAUUCUAGGGCUUCGGACACGCUUCGCAGCAUCUUUCCUGACAUGCAUUCAGACUCAGCAAGCAAAGACCUGCCGGGCCGCAUCCUGCUGGACAUGGACAACGACACGGAGAGCACGGCCCUGUGAAGAAAGCCGCCGCCCGGCCCCUCCUCUCCCCCAGGCGGGGGCCGGGCCGGCAGACUUGACCUUUGCAGACCAAACAGCGAAAAGCUUUCAGAGCGGGGGAGAAGCAGGCCUAGACCACGCAGGACUCGGCCUGCCCACGGCCCCAGAGGACGUGGAGGCUGACCCCGAAAGCUGCAUGACCUGUGUCUUGAAGUUGGCUUUCUUCACGUGGGAAAGAAAUCAUGCCAAAAACAAAGAAAGGAACACCCGGAGAGUGGAAAGAGCGUCGCUGCCGAGACGCCCCCGCUGUCGUGCGCGGCGCGGGGUGGCCGGAGAGGUGGCCGCCGUGCUGACCGCUGACCGGCAGUUUCAUGGAGCCCGCGCCUCCUGCGGGCGGCCGGCCCGUCUGCCCCAGGGGCGCCGGCUCUCCAGGCUCGCUGCAGGGCCGUUUUGUAUGAAGUAUGGUCUGUGUCCCCUCCCGCCCCCGCCCCCCACCUUGCGCUCUGAGGUGACCGCUGGAUCCGCCGCCUCAGCCAACUGGAUGUGACUCGUGCCUUGCUGGGUCGCCAGGAUGUACGAAGAUACGUACUGUUCUGUUUUGUUUUUUUAAACGAUGUAAUGCUACUUGAUAAGGACCGAACAUUACUCUAGUUUCUUGUUUAAUUUGAAUUAAAUAUAUUCUAUGGUUUAUAUGAAAACUUUAUAAUUCUUGGAGACAACUGUGGAUUGUUACCUGUGUGUCAGUGUCCCUUAGAGAGAACCAGAGCUGGCGGUGGGGCCUGAGGGUCUGUUGUGAUGUAGAGACGGCAACUAUGGCGUCCCCUUACACCCCCAGCCUGGCCUUCCCUGCGGGCGUCCCCCACUCAGGCCCUUUGCUCCCAUGGUCCUGACACCCUUUCUCACCCAUCGAGGGACAUGGAGUCCCCACAGGCCUCGGGGACUUCACAGUAACAGCCCAGAGCAGAAGUCAGAGCCCUGACCGACCUUGGGGGUUCUCUUUUCCGAUGGCUGGGAAGCAUUUCUUUCUUUCCCAGAACUGAAGUACUUGGGAAGACAGCGAGGCCAGCAGUCUGGAUCGCUGCUCUGAUGACAGCCCCUAGUGGGGCCAGAUGUGGUGUCCUCUGGAGAACAGGGGGACACACGUGCCUGUGUGGCUGCCCGAGCCGUGCCCGUGAUAGAAAUGUUUGCUGGGCGGCCCCAUAACCUGUCCCUGGCUUAGACGACACUGGGCCUCCUUCCACUAGGAACUGACGUAGCCCGUUUAACUGAAAAGGGCCAUCACUUUGUCCUUUGGCGUUCCCUGUGCCCCUGAAGUCCCCUACACUGAUCAGUCACAUUGAGAAUAUUUCAUUACCC